AGUUACAGCAGACUGUGGGACCUGGUCCAGGUUAUACCAAUGGCUGGCCUGGGAAUGGGUGGAUUGGCUUGUGGCGGUAUCAGGUACCAAUUUUCACAUUUGUAUAAGAAAAUUCUAAGGGAACAGAAGAUGUCAAUGCCAAGAAGAAUGCUUAUUCUUUCUGCUGGAACGCACUGUCUCUUUUGGUGGAAGGAACCUGGCCACGUACCAACUCUUCUGGGAGGGGGCAUUGUGUCUGGACUUACAGCUUUAUUCUUCUGGUGUUUUAGGGCUUGCUGUGGAUGAUGCUCCAAGAUACUGACUUUGGCCUCGACUGGACUCCGCCCUGAAAUCAUUUGUGCCCACUGCUGGGAAAUUUGAAAGGAUGAAAGCAGGAACUCGUUGGGAAUGUUUUCCUUUGCUUUCUAAAAAAGAAGGAGAAGUCAGAAGAAGGAAAGCCCAGCAUUAUAGAUCUGUGAACAUCAACAUUUCCAAGGAAGUGACCUGCUUCAGUGUCUUCCCCAUGCCUGGUCAUUUUCCAAAUUACAUUCACAACUCACAGCUCCUGGAGUAUUUGAGGCUGUAUGCCAAACACCUUGAACUUGUGAAAUAUAUCUGUUUCCAGAUUUCUAAACUCUCAAGUGAGCAUUCAUGGCAAGCUUUCCAAUCACAUCGUUUCUGGAAGAAUACUGGUCAAAUCCAGUGUGAAAGACUUCAUGGAAAUAGCCAACACUUUGAAGAUGGUAGCACUGUGUAGAACAUUGACGUGGUCAUUUUUGCCACAGGAUAUACCUUCUCAUUUCUUUUCUUCAAUGAUAUGUGAAUAUCACUGAUGACCAAGUAUCUUUAUAUCUUUGUGUAUUUCCACUUCAUUUGGAAAAGUUAACUUUGGCUUUCAUUGGUUUAAUCCAGCCAGUGGUAACACCAACAAUGGAACCCCACAGUCACUGGGCCGGAUGUGUGUUUAAAGGUAAGAGAAUGUUGCUGAAUGGGUUCCCAUUGUUUCUCUGCUACUCCUAGGUACACUGAACCAGAGGAGUAUUAAAAUGAAGCCAGUUUAAAUUAAAGGACUGGACAAUUACAACCAACAUUACUAUUCACUCAUUUCUUUCUUUUAAAAUAAAUCCAUCUUCCAGUCAGAUUUUAUUUAGCUUAAAGGUCAUAACAAGGCCAGAUUUUUUGUUGUGUUAGCUUCUGCUGUAUAACAAAGUGAAUCAGUUAUACAUAUA